AUGGGCAGCGCCGAGGAGGAUUAUAACUUUGUCUUCAAGGUUGUCCUGAUCGGGGAGUCCGGGGUGGGCAAAACCAACCUGCUCUCCCGCUUCACCCGCAACGAGUUCAACCACGACAGCCGCACCACCAUCGGCGUGGAGUUCUCCACCCGCACCAUCCUGGUGGGAGACGCUGUGGUGAAGGCUCAGAUCUGGGACACGGCCGGGCUGGAGCGGUACCGUGCCAUCACCUCUGCGUAUUAUCGAGGGGCUGUGGGUGCCCUGGUCGUCUUUGACAUCACCAAGCACCAGACGUACGAUGUGGUGGAACGCUGGCUGAAGGAGCUGUACGACCACGCUGAGGCCAGCAUCGUCGUCAUGCUGGUGGGGAACAAGACCGACCUCGCGCAGGCUCGGGAGGUGCCCAUGGAGGAGGCGAAAAUGUUUGCAGACAACAACGGGAUGCUGUUUGUCGAGACCUCGGCGCUGGACUCCACCAACGUCGAGCAGGCCUUUGAGACCAUCCUGAAGGAGAUCUUCCAGAAAGUGCAGAAGCAGAAGCAGAGGAGCAGCCAAAGCAACACGGUGUCACUUGCCAGUGAGAGCCCAGAGGGUGCAGCCCCCACACAGAUGGAGAAGCGCCCGUGUUGUGUGGCCCUCUGA